UCAUUUAGACGAAAACAGCAUAUUUGCAGAACUUUUGAGAUGCAGCCUAGAAAAGGCAGUGCGUAUGCAAAUGCUGGCCUUUCAAAUAUAAACUCUCAAGAUCUCCUCCGUAUGAAUACGGGUUCUUCACCGUUAUCGGGGCUUGCCAGUUUGAGUGAAAGCGUCGCUUGUGAACAGCUUGUACCGAAGAGGCGAAUCAUGGCAUACUCCGGUCAAAAGAGUAGCAUUCACUGCACGGCUACUUCAGGUGAAACGGGAGCAUGCGAGUGAAGAGCUCGAAGUGGAUGUCUUCGCUUGUUCACGGGCACCUAGAAAAAGCGGGUGGCUUGUCGCAGCAGAACAUGCAUGUGGUCAUGUCAUCGCUUUCGUCCAUGGUGGAAUGCUCAGUCAUACCCUUAAAGUGGAAGUCUUGUCGAGGAAGAGCCCGUAAGACAGACUUGGUGAGGUGCCACAGUUUUGCAACGAGUGUUUCAGUAAAGCUCCUAGUGAGGAGGAGCUUGAAGAGGCAGAGAGGAGAGUGCUUACGCCGGCAAUUCGACACGUCGAAGGCUGCGGUCUAUCCUCCAGAAAUUUGUCAGCCAGUGUCUGGUACCAUGAAACUGAGUUUGCAGCUUAACAAGUGUGCAAUACUGAUGCAUUCUGCCUUGUUCAGUUCUUUGAACCUCUCUAAACUGGGAGUUUCCAAUGCCUUGUCACUGUAG